CCUCUCUCUCUUUCUUCUACUAUUAUUAUCAUUGCUAUUAUUUUUAUAAAAUAAAUGAAUACAGCAGCAAAGGACAUCAAACGACAUACGAUUGCUUUCAAUGAAUUCCAUUAUUUAGAACCGGGUCUUGAUCAGCAAAAGCAAACGUUAACUCAUUGGAAGACUAUUGAAGACUAUUAUAGAAAUCAUUUAAAUGCUCUCCAGAAAGAAAUCGAAAAAGCAACUGAACAAAACCAAAAACUGACAGAUGCUCGUGAAGAACUUGUGCAAGAAGUCUUGAAGCUUCACAAGAAAUCAACUGAACUCAUCAGUAAAAAUGAAGAGUUGACACGGACGAUCGCAGAAAAAGAAAAUCAUAUUAGUGCAUUCAUGUAUCAUCCAUUGCCUGAGACAAAAGAGCCCAUACAAGGUGUUACCUUAGUCGAUAAACCUUACAGUCCACCUACACCUCCUCCUAAUACUAGUUCAAUUGAUACACCUUCAGAGACAAGUAAGCCAUCACAAGAGCCAGAAGAACAGCCAAAAGCACCUGUUGUCAAUAAAGAACCAGGUCUUUUUCGUAAAAUCAGUCUUCGACUCUCAACUCGAAAGCGAAGACAACAAGAUGACCCACCUUUGCAGAUUUCAGAGCCUAUCAAUAUACCCUCACCACCUAAAUCCAUGGAUGCUAUUGUACCUACUACUUCUGUAUCUGAGCCCUUGAUUCAUCCUGCUGCUGUGGUGGCUACAUCUCCGAUUGAACAUUUGAAAUUAGUAGACUCGAAUAAGCGAAAAAAGAACCUUGUGUUUGGGAAUGAUCUUGUUCAACAAGCGAGAUCAGAAAAUACUCUGAUUCCUUCUAUUGUAACAAACUGUAUAAGAGAAGUGGAACUCAGAGGGUUCUCUGUGGAAGGCAUUUAUCGAAAAUCAGGAACACUUUCACAAAUUAAAGAAUUACAAGACGCAAUCGAGAAGCACAAAAAUCCCAAAUUCUCUAAAUAUUCAGAUAUUAAUGUGAUCACAAGCGUAUUGAAGUUGUAUUUUAGAGAAUUACCAACACCGCUUAUUUCGAAUAAGUUCAUAUUGCCUUUAGAUGUAGACUCUCAAGAAAGGUUGAAUAAGACGCAUUCUUUAUUCCAAACAAUGCCUAAUGAAUGUUACCAGACAAUCAAGUUAUUAAUGCAACAUUUAAGAAGAGUUCAUCAAAACAAUUCAGCCAACCGAAUGCCAUCUAAAAAUCUCGCUGUUAUUUUUGGUCCUACUCUCAUGCGAUUCACUGCAGGCAAUGAAGAGCAACAAAUGAGAGACAUGAUUGACACUGUAGACUAUAUUAUACUUCAAAGCCAUCUUUUGUUUUAUUAAACUUA